GCGUUGCUCUGGUUUAAGCUGCCAGUGUCUUGUAGCAGCGGUGGGGUGAAGGAGAACGCAGCUGUCCGCUGUCCGGGAAGCAUAACCACAUAUAUAUAUAUACCCAUACAGACAACACACAGAUACACCACCCUUUGAACUGGACUAGACCUGCCUCCCUCGACUGCCGGAGAAACCCGACACACACACACGCGCGUCCCGAUCACCGUGGAGCAAAGACUCUAUCCACAAGGCGAGAGGUAAAAGAGCGGAGCCGCGAGCAUGGCGGUCGAAGAGGAAGGGCUACGGGUUUUCCAAAGCGUCAAAAUAAAAAUAGGUGAGGCAAAGAACAUCCCUCCGUACCCAGGUCCCAACAGGAUGAGAGACUGUUACUGUACUGUCAACCUGGACCAGGAGGAGGUCUUCAGAACCAAGAUCAUCGAGAAGUCCCUUUGCCCUUUCUACGGAGAGGACUUUUAUUGUGAAAUCCCCCGUAGUUUCCGCCAUCUCUCCUUCUACAUCUUCGACAGGGACGUGUUCAGGAGGGACUCCAGCAUCGGUAAGGUAGCAGUGCAGAAAGAGGACCUCCAGAGAUAUCAUGGUAAAGACACCUGGUUCCCUCUGCAACACGUCAGCGCAGACUCAGAGGUUCAGGGAAAGGUCCACAUCGAGCUGCGUCUCAGUGAGGUCAUCACAGACAGCGGAGUCAUCUGCCAUAAACUGGCCACGCGGGUAUUGGAGUGCCAGGGCCUGCCCAUAGUGAAUGGACAGUGUGAUCCGUACGCUGCUGUGUCCCUGCUGGGGCCGUCCAGAUCAGAAGCUAAGAAGACCAAGGUGAAAAGGAAAACCAACAAUCCCCAGUUUGAGGAGACGUUCUACUUUGAGGUGACUCGACCUCUUAGUCACACCAAGAGACAGUUUGAUGUGGAGGAGGAGGAUGUUGACAAGCUGGCUCUGAGGGUUGACCUGUGGAACGCCAGUAACCUGAAGUUUGGAGAUGAGUUCCUGGGAGGAGUCAGAGUUCCUCUGAGGGCCCUGGGACAGGCCGGGGUCCACGACGCAUGGUACUUUCUGCAGCCCAGGGAUAAUGGGGGGAAAACAGUGAAGGUGGACGAGCUGGGUUCUCUCCGUUUAAACAUCGUUUACACUGAGGACCAUGUGUUCUCCUCUGACCACUACAGCACUCUGAGAGACCUGCUGUUGACCUCCGCUAGCGUCAAGCCGGUGUCGGCAUCAGCGGCUCAUAUCCUGGGGGAGGUGUGCAGGGAGAAACAGGAAGCAGCGAUCCCAUUGGUCCGUCUGUUCCUUCACUAUGGAAACAUCUUGCCUUUCCUCAGUGCCGUCGCCCACGCAGAGGUCAACCGCACACAGGACCCUAAUACCAUCUUCAGAGGGAACUCUCUAACGUCUAAAUGUAUCGAUGAGACCAUGAAGCUGGCUGGUAACCACUACCUCCAGGUCACCCUGAGAUCCAUGAUAGAAGAAAUCUGUACGGACCACAAGCCCUGUGAGAUCGACCCGGUCAAGCUCAAAGAGUCAGAAAACCUGGAGACCAACAGGGAGAACCUGCGUCAGUAUGUAGACCGGAUCUUCAACAUGAUAACCACGUCAGGCGUGCGCUGUCCCACCGUCAUGUGCGAUAUCUUCUUCUCACUCAGAGAAUCUGCUGCAACACGUUUCCAAGUUGACCAGGACGUGAGCUACACAGUGGUCAGUAGUUUUAUCUUCCUGCGUUUCUUCGCCCCGGCCAUCCUCUCUCCCAACCUGUUUCAGCUGCGACCGCAUCACCCAGACCCCGCUACGUCUCGGACCCUCACCCUCAUCUCCAAGACCAUCCAGACCCUGGGGAGCCUGGCCAAGUCAAAAUCAGCCAGUUUUAAAGAGACUUACAUGGCGGCCUUCUACGAUUACUUCAACGAGCAGAAGUAUGCCGACGCUGUGAAGAACUUCCUGGACCUGAUCUCGUCGUCAGGGAGAUGGGACCAGAAGAGUAUCGAGACUCCCAUCAUGCUGAAAGAGGGGUUCAUGAUCAAGCGAGCCCAGGGGAGGAACCGUUUUGGGUUGAAGAACUUCAAGAAGAGGUGGUUUCGUCUCACUAACCAUGAGUUUACCUACCACAAAACCAAAGGUGAGGGCGCUCUCUGCAGAAUCCCUAUAGAGAACAUCCUGGCUGUGGAGAGACUGGAGGAAGAGUCAUUCAAGAUGAAGAACACGUCCCCCUGGAUGUUCCAGAUGUUCCAGGUAAUUCAGCCAGAGAGAGCUCUGUACAUCCAGGCUAAUAACUGUGUGGAGGCCAGAGACUGGAUAGACAUCCUGACCAAGGUCAGCCAGUGCAACAGGAAGAGACUGAGCACCUACCACCCCUCAGCUUACCUCAACGGACACUGGCUCUGCUGUAAGAUGUCUGCCGACACAGAACCAGGCUGUACACCCUGUACUGGAGGCCUGCCGGCCAACAUUCAGCUGGAUGUGGACGGAGACCGAGAGGCAGAGAGAAUCUACUCCCUGUUCAGCACGUACAUGAACAAACUGGUCAACAUGCAAGAGGCGUGUGGCAGCAGGUCGGUAUACGACGGCCCAGAGCAGGAGGAAUAUUCCAGCUUCCUCAUCGAUGAUCCUCGGGAAACUUAUAAAACCCUGAAAUCCAUAAUCUCCUCUGUUCAGACGCUGCAGCAGCAGCACACCAAGCACAGACGAGACGUGUUCAGGAAAACCAAGAUCGGCAGCCAGGAACAUCCAAUUGGAGACAAGAGUUUUCAGUGUUACAUCCACCAGCAGUCUGAGAGCUCCACCUACUCCAUCUAGCCCCACCCACCAACCACUGCCAUGAAGCGCAGAGCUCCGCCCCCGAUGACCUGAGACCUAGCAACACUUCCUGGUUACUCCGGGUCCACGGCUUCCCAUGGUGCAUCUUUCAGAACACGGACACUCAGAGCCGAGGUCAAAUCGGGUAGAAGAGAGAGAGAGAGAGAGAGAGAGAGAGAGAGAGAGAGAGAGAGAAGGGAAGACAGAGAGAGAGAGGGAAGGGAAGGGAAGACAGAGAGAGAGAGAGAAGGGAAGAGAGAGAGAGAGAGAGAGAGAGAGAGAGAGAGAGAAGGGAAGGGAAGACAGAGAGAGAGAGAGAGAAGGGAAGAGCGGACAUGAAGCUACUGCCCCACAGCGGACGUGAAGCUACUGCCCCACAGCGGACAGGAAGCUACUGCCCCAACAACGGACAUGAAGCUACUGCCCCAACAACGGACAUGAAGCUACUGCCCCACAGCGGACAUGAAGCUACUGCCCCACAGCGGACAGGAAGCUACUGUCCCACAACGGACAUGAAGCUACUGCCCCACAGCGGACAGGAAGCUACUGCCCCACAGCGGACAGGAAGCUACUGCCCCACAGCGGACAGGAAGGUACUGCCCCACAGCGGACAGGAAGCUACUGGCCCACAACGGACAUGAAGCUACUGCCCCACAGCGGACAGGAAGCUAUCGCCCCACAGCGGACAUGAAGCUACCGCCCCACAGCGGACAUGAAGCUACCGGCCCACAGCGGACAUGAAUCUACCGCCCCACAGCGGACAUGAAGCUACUGCCCCACAGCGGACAUGAAGCUACCGCUCCACAGCGGACAGGAAGCUACCGCCCCACAGCGGACAGGAAGCUACUGCCACACAGCGGACAGGAAGCUACUGCCCCACAACGGACAGGAAGCUACUGCCCCACAGCGGACAGGAAGCUACUGCCCCACAGCGGACAUGAAGCUACUGCCCCACAGCGGACAGGAAGCUACUGCCCCACAGCGGACAUGAAGCUACUGCCCCACAACGGACAGGAAGCUACUGCCCCACAGCGGACAGGAAGCUACUGCCCCACAGCGGACAUGAAGCUACUGCCCCACAGCGGACAUGAAGAUACUGCCCCACAGCGGACAGGAAGCUACUGCCCCACAGGGGACAGGAAGCUACUGCCCCACAGCGGACAGGAAGCUACUGCCCCACAACGGACAGGAAGCUACUGCCCGACAACGGACAGGAAGCUACUGCCCCACAGCGGACAGGAAGCUACUGCCCCACAGCGGACAGGAAGCUACUGCCCCGCAGCGGACAUGAAGCUACUGCCCCAACAACGGACAGGAAGCUACUGCCUCAGCACAUUCUGAAACAGUCUUAUUUCAUUGCUGAUGUUUUUGUAAUGUUUGAUAACAAAAUGGUUUAAGUGGUAUAUUCCUGAUAUAAAAACAACACAUUCCUUUUUUGUAUUUCAAGUCACACAGACCAAACUCUAGGUUGGAAGACUGUUCACUUGGGGUCACGUCCGACUAUGUAUGUGUUUAACCCCCCACCACCCACCGCAGCCCUCCUUCCAGGGAAAGAUGAUGACAGAGGAAGGAGACGGGCAGGUCAUCAGUCAGCGCCAGCGAACAUGAGGACGCGAGCUGUUCAUCAGACUGAUUAGUGCAGCCUUCAUUUACAAUCUGGAUCAUCCUGUUUUUAACUGUUAAGAUUUGUAGUGUUUAAUUCAGUACUCUGUCCCCGGGUCAGAUCUCUGUUGCUUCCUGGUCUGUACCCUGUCCCCGGGUCAGAACUCCGCUGCUUCCUGGUCUGUACCCUGUCCCCGUGUCAGAACUCUGCUGCCUCCUGGUCUGUACUCUGUCCCCGGGUCAGAACUCUGCUGCCUCCUGGUCUGUACCCUGUCCCCGGGUCAGAACUCUGCUGCCUCCUGGUCUGUACCCUGUCCCCGGGUCAGAACUCUGCUGCCUCCUGGUCUGUACCCUGUCCCCGGGUCAGAACUCUGCUGCCUCCUGGCCUGUACCCUGUCCCCGGGUCAGAACUACUAAUCCCAGUUGUUUCUGCAUUCCCCCUGAUUUCUCCUGCUGUGAAUCUAGUUAAUGGUCCGUGCCAGGGCCUAUGGAAGGUACGGGCUGUUAUGGUUCACUCUCUGCAUUGUGUGAAACCAACAGAACUAACCCGGUGACUGGUUGCUAUGUCCAAAACAACAGAACUAACCCGGUGACUGGUUGCUAUGUCCAAAACAACAGAACUAACCCAGUGACUGGUUGCUAUGUCCAAAGCAACAGAACUAACCCGGUGACUGGUUGCUAUGUCCAAAACAACAGAACUAACCCGGUGACUGGUUGCUAUGUCCAAAGCAACAGAAAUAACCCGGUGACUGGUUGCUAUGUCCAAAGCAACAGAACUAACCCGGUGACUGGUUGCUAUGUCCAAAACAACAGAACUAACCCGGUGACUGGUUGCUAUGUCCAAAACAACAGAACUAACCCGGUGACUGGUUGCUAUGUCCAAAACAACAGAACUAACCCGGUGACUGGUUGUUUAUGUCCAAAACAACAGAACGAACCCGGUGACUGGUUGUUUAUGUCCAAAACAACAGAACUAACCCGGUGACUGGUUGUUUAUGUCCAAAACAACAGAACUAACCUGGACAUCCAUUCUUUCUGUAGGUUGUGUGUAUUGUUACGUACAGAGUCUUCCACGAUGGCAGACAGUUAGUCUUCUAUAGUCUGGCUACCAGUCUGGUUAGAGAACAUUUCACUCCUAUUGUCAUUUGUUUCCUAAUGGAAAGCUAGCUAAACAGACUGGUACCCAGUCUUGUCUUUUCCUACAUCUAUAUUUCUGAACAAAGUCAUCUGUGUUGCUGUGAUAUCUUUGUAUAUCUCCAAAACCACGACCCAUUUAAAAAAAAAACAUAAUGCCAAUUGCUACAAAUGUGUAUUUUCUAUCUUUGUGGGUUUUUUUUUAAAAUGUUUGAUGCUCCUCGUACAAUUGAGUGUAAUAUAACCCCUAAUCCACCUUUACAAUAAAUUCCUCUUGUAAAACACCCCUUCUAAAAGAGAACAAUUUAUUUUGUAUAAAUAUAUCAAGAGCAUUAAUAAGAAGGUUUUAUGUCUCUCUGUACAGAACAACUGAAUGGUUUAAAAUUAGUUUUUUUUUUGUUUGUUGUUGUUGUUGUUGUCCUGGAAUAACUAAAUGAAGAUAAUAUUAAUUCAAA